GCCGCGCUCGCCCACACUCCGGGAGCUGGCGUGAAUGCCGGAAGUUGCCCUCACUUCCGCCCGUUCGGGGGCGGGGCUUACUCCAAGUCUAGUCGCUGAGCUUCCGGGCUGCCUGGCAGCUGCGGUGGCUCCAGGAUGAUCGAGACCGAGCGACUCGUGCUGCCUCCCCCAGAUCCCCUGAACCUGCCCCUGCGGGCCCUGGAACUGGGAUGCACAGGACGCUGGGAACUGUUGACCGAGCCCGGAGCUCCAGAGAGCACGCUUCCGCACGGCCUCCCUCCCUGUGCCCCAGAUCUGCAGCAGGAAGCAGAGCAGUUGUUUCUGUCGUCCCCGGCCUGGCUACCUCUCCAUGGUGUGGAGCACGCAGCCCGAAAAUGGCAGAGGAAGACAGACCCUUGGUCUCUCCUGGCUGCCCAGGGGGCUCCAGUCCCAUCCGACCUACAGGCCCAAAGACACCCAACCACCGGCCAGAUACUAGGCUACAGGGAGGUCCUGCUGGAGAACACAAACCUGUCAGCCACGACUUCCUUGUCGCUUCGCCGGCCUCCCGGGCCCGCUUCCCAGUCCCUGUGGGGGAAUCCAACCCAGUACCCUUUUUGGCCAGGUGGGAUGGAUGAGCCCACCCUAACAGAUCUGAGCACUCGGGAGGAGGCUGAGGAGGAAAUAGACUUCGAGAAAGAUCUUCUUCCGGUUCCACCUGGCUUCAAGAAAGGCGUAGACUUUGCACCCAAGGAUCACCCAGCUCCAGCGCCCGGGUUGCUCAGCCUCAGUCGUCUUCUGGAGCCUCUCGAUUUGGGUGGGGGUGAUGAGGACGAGAGCGAGGCAGUGGGACAGCCAGGACGUCCCAGAGGGGACACCGGUUCAGCCUCUCCCUGCAGCACUCCCCUGGCCCGAGCCAGCAGCUUGGAGGACCUGGUGUUCAAGGAAGCAUCCACAGUCGUAUCCCCCCCAGAGCCUCCCAAACCUCCACCUCAGGAGCAGUGGGCCAUUCCCGUGGACAUCACGUCCCCCGUUGGAGAUUUCUACCGCCUCAUUCCCCAGCCAGCCUUCCAGUGGCCAUUUGAGCCGGACGCGUUUCAGAAGCAGGCCAUCCUGCACUUGGAGCGGCACGACUCUGUCUUCGUUGCGGCUCACACAUCCGCGGGGAAGACGGUCGUGGCGGAGUACGCCAUCGCCCUGGCUCAGAAACACAUGACACGCACCAUCUACACCUCACCCAUCAAGGCUCUGAGCAACCAGAAGUUCCGGGACUUCCGAAACACGUUCGGAGACGUGGGGCUGCUCACCGGGGACGUGCAGCUGCACCCGGAGGCCUCCUGCCUCGUCAUGACAACGGAGAUCCUUCGCUCCAUGCUGUACAGUGGCUCGGAUGUCAUCCGGGACCUGGAGUGGGUCAUCUUUGAUGAGGUUCACUAUAUCAACGACGCUGAGCGUGGGGUCGUGUGGGAGGAGGUGCUCAUCAUGCUCCCCGACCACGUCUCCAUCAUCCUUCUGAGCGCCACCGUCCCCAACGCCCUUGAGUUUGCUGACUGGAUUGGGCGGCUGAAGCGUCGCCAGAUCUUCGUGAUCAGCACCGCUGCCCGGCCGGUGCCCCUGGAGCACUAUCUCUUCACGGGGAACAGCCCCAAGACCCAGGGAGAGCUCUUCCUGUUACUGGACUCCCGAGGAUCCUUCCACACAAAGGGGUACUACGCGGCGGUGGAGGCCAAGAAGGAGAGAAUGAGUAAACACGCCCAGACCUUCGGGGCGAAGCAGCCCACCCAUCAGGGAGGGCCUGCACAGGACCGUGGAGUAUACCUGUCCCUCCUGGGCUCCCUGCGCGCCCGUGCCCAGCUGCCCGUGGUGGUGUUCACCUUCUCUCGGGGCCGCUGUGACGAGCAGGCGUCGAGCCUCACCUCCCUUGACCUCACCACAAGUUCAGAAAAGAGCGAGAUUCACCUCUUCCUGCAGCGCUGCCUUGCCCGCCUGCGUGGCUCUGACCGCCAGCUGCCCCAGGUCCUGCACAUGUCAGAGCUCCUGCACCGCGGCCUGGGCGUGCACCACAGCGGGGUCCUGCCCAUCCUCAAGGAGAUCGUGGAGAUGCUCUUCAGCCGUGGAUUAGUCAAGGUCCUGUUUGCCACGGAGACCUUCGCCAUGGGGGUAAACAUGCCGGCCCGCACAGUGGUGUUCGACUCCAUGCGCAAGCAUGACGGCUCCACCUUCCGGGACCUGCUCCCUGGGGAGUACGUGCAGAUGGCAGGCCGGGCGGGGCGGAGGGGCCUGGACCCCACCGGCACGGUCAUCCUCCUCUGCAAGGCCCGAGUGCCCGAGAUGGCAGACCUGCACCGCAUGAUGAUGGGGAAGCCGUCCCAGCUGCAGUCCCAGUUCCGCCUCACGUACACCAUGAUCCUCAACCUGCUGCGGGUGGAUGCCCUCAGGGUGGAAGACAUGAUGAAGAGGAGCUUCUCUGAGUUCCCGUCUCGCAAGGACAGCAAGAUCCAUGAACAGACGCUGGCUGAGCUGACCAAGAAACUGGAGGCCUUGGAGGAACCUGACGUGACCAGCCAACUGGUCGACCUGCCCGAGUAUUACAGCUGGGGGGAGGAGCUGACGGAGACCCGGAACAUGAUCCAGCGCCGUAUCAUGGAGUCUGUGAAUGGGCUGAAAUCUCUCUCGGUGGGAAGGGUGGUGGUUGUGAAGAAUCAGGAACAUCACAAUGCCCUAGGUGUGAUCCUGCAGGUCUCCUCGAACAGCAGCAGCAGAGUAUUCACAACCCUGGUCUUGUGUGAUAAGCCUGUGUCUCAGGAGGCACAGGACAGGGCACCGGCCACUCCAGAGGUGCCUCACCCAGAUGAUCUCGUGGGAUUCAAGCUGUUCCUGCCUGAAGGGCCUUGUGACCACACCGUGGCCAAGCUCCAGCCAGGAGACGUGGCCGCCAUCACCACGAAGGUGCUCCGGGUGAAUGGGGAAAAGAUCCUGGAGGACUUCAGCAAGAGGCAGCAACCAAAAUUCAAGAAAGAUCCUCCCCUUGCGGCCGUGACCACUGCUGUGCAGGAACUGCUGCGUCUGGCUCAGGCCCACCCUGCAGGACCCCCGACCCUUGACCCUGUUAACGACCUGCAGCUCAAGGACGUGUCAGUGGUAGAGGGCGGGCUCCGGGCCCGGAAGCUGGAGGAGCUGAUCCGAGGGGCUCAGUGUGUGCACAGUCCCCGUUUUCCUGCCCAGUAUGUGAAGCUGCGGGAGCGAAUGCAGAUACAGAAGGAGAUGGAGCGGCUACGCUUCCUGCUGUCUGACCAGUCACUGCUGCUGCUCCCCGAGUACCACCAGCGAGUCGAGGUGCUCCGAACCCUGGGUUACGUGGACGAGACGGGCACCGUGAAGCUGGCGGGGCGGGUGGCUUGUGCCAUGAGCAGCCAUGAGCUGCUCCUCACGGAACUCAUGUUCGACAACGCACUGAGUGCCCUGCGGCCUGAGGAGAUUGCGGCCCUGCUCUCCGGUCUGGUCUGCCAGAGCCCCGGGGACCCUGGGGAUCAGCUCCCUAGCACCCUCAAGGAGGGAGUGGAACGUGUCCGGGCUGUGGCCAAGCGGAUUGGUGAGGUCCAGGUAGCCUGCGGCCUGAACCAGACGGUGGAAGAAUUUGUGGGAGAACUGAACUUCGGGCUGGCUGAAGUUGUGUACGAGUGGGCCCGGGGCAUGCCCUUCUCCGAGUUGGCAGGGCUCUCGGGGACCCCCGAAGGCCUCGUGGUCCGCUGCAUCCAGCGGCUGGGGGAGAUGUGUCGCUCGCUGCGGGGACCUUGCUGCGGCGGGACAUCGUCUUUGUGGCCAGCCUCUACACCCAGUGAAUGACCCUCUGUAAAAAUGUAACAGUAAACAGCAAACCACC